AUGCCUUAUACGUGCAACCUACAGGAAAAUCCCGAAUUUUUCUUUUCGCAUGGCCUGGCUGAAAACGACUUCUCGAAUAGGACGAGGUUGGUUGUGCUAGUUGAUGCUCCUUCGGUAAGAGUGGACGACGCACGCGAUGCUGACGAGCGCACGUGCGCGUGCACGCAUUUGGUGGAUGGCGCCACAAUUCUCGAUGGCGAGCUAUUGCGCCCUUCUGAGCGUAGCCUAUCCACAAAGCUCAGGGAAGCGGCCAUCGCCACAGAAGGAACACGCAGUGUAGGGUUCGAUGCCAAUGAUCGCUCUACCGUUUCGGGGGGUUAUAUCACACGGGUUUUGGGGACAGAGCGUACGAUGGGCAGUGGCAUGCGCAGCGCCGCUGCUCUUGAAAGUUGCGAGCCAAUACUAUUGCACAUUUGA